GUUGGUGAGAAGGAGUGAAGAGCAGCACUUGUUGGUGAGAAGGAGUGAAGAGCAGCACUUGUUGAGAGGAAGGUGUGGUGAAGGUCUCCUCUUAUCCCAUUAGAGGGUUAAGUCUACUUUUGGCUCUUGCCAAGAAAGAUGAAGAAGAUUAAGUCCUGGCUCAGUCAGUCCUCUUCCGUCUCUCCUGAGAAAUGAGAAAUGGGCGCCCACGGCUCCAACCUGGAAGACAUCCUGGAGGAGGACAUGCACCACUGGUACACCAAGUUCAUGAAGGAGUCUCCCUCGGGACUCAUCACACUCUUUGAGCUCAAGACCAUGCUGGACAUGAGCGGCAUGACGCAGGAGGCCAGCGGCUACGUGGACCAGGUCUUCUUCACCUUCGACAUGGACGGGGACGGCUACAUCGACUUUGUGGAGUACAUCGCCGCCAUCAGUCUCCUGCUCAAAGGAGAAGUCAACCAGAAGCUCAAGUGGUACUUCAAGCUCUUUGACCAGGACGGCAACGGCAAAAUAGACAAGGACGAGAUGGAGACCAUCUUUAAGGCCAUACAAGACAUCACCAGGACCUACGACAUUCCUCCUGAACAAAUCGUCACGCUCAUAUACGAAAAGAUCGACGUCAACGAAGAAGGAGAGUUGACCUUGGAGGAGUUCAUCAGCGGCGCCAGGCAGCACGCUGACAUCAUGGAGAUGCUCACCAAGAUGAUGGACCUCACCCACGUGCUGGAGAUCAUCAUCAUGGGACAGCAGAAGCACAGCUUGGACACAAAGUGACACACCUUCUGUCGCAGGACGGACACGUCACCAAGACGCCGUCCAAACUUUCUGGCUGGCGGUCUUGUGGAGCUUCUUCGGCCACAAGAUGUUAUGGGACCAAAAGACGCGUUGAAGAUGGCAGGUCUUCCAAAGUCUCCUGGAUGGCGUUGCUACACUUCAGUAUUGACAUCAUGUGUUCAUAGCCUGAUGAUUUGACACAAGAUGGCAGAAGUAGUUUGCUGUAUUUGGGAUGACCAUAUCAAUAUACUGUAUGUUGAUCUUCUAAUGAAGUGUCCACUGC